AUGUCUCUAACAAAUUGCCGGUUCUAUGAGGAGAAGUACCCGGAGGUGGAGAGUUUUGUCAUGGUCAAUGUCAAACAAAUUGCAGAGAUGGGCGCAUACGUCAAGCUGUUGGAAUACGACAACAUCGACGGUAUGAUUCUGUUGUCAGAAUUGUCGCGAAGACGUAUUCGAUCCAUCCAGAAGCUCAUCCGAGUUGGUCGCAACGAAGUCGUCGUCGUACUCCGUGUGGACAAGGACAAGGGCUACAUUGAUCUGUCAAAGCGCCGUGUGUCGCCUGAGGAUAUCGUAAAGUGCGAGGAGCGAUACAACAAGUCCAAGAUGGUGCACAGCAUUAUGCGCCACGUUGCCGAGAAGACACAGACGCCCAUCGAGGACAUCUACCAGAGCAUCGGCUGGCCGCUGAACAAGAAGUACGGACACUCGAUUGAUGCUUUCAAGCUCAGCAUUACCAACCCCGAGGUCUGGAAUGAUGUCACGUUCCCCAACGAUGUGGUCAAGGACGAGCUGCAGAGCUACAUUGGCAAGAGGCUGACACCGCAGCCCACCAAAGUGCGGUCGGACAUUGAGGUCACCUGCUUCGGUUACGAGGGUAUCGACGCUGUCAAGACGGCCCUUCGAUGCGCAGAGGCAAAGAACACACCCGACAACCAGGUCAAGGUCAAGCUCGUAUCGCCGCCUCUUUACGUCCUCACAUCUCAAUGUCUCGACAAGAACGCCGGUAUCGCAUGCCUCGAACAAGCCAUCGUCGACAUCAAGGAGAACAUUUCAAAAGCAGGCGGCGACUGCCAGGUCAAGAUGGCUCCCAAGGCCGUCACGGAGAACGAUGACGCGGAGCUGGCCGCGCUCAUGGAGAAGCGUGAGCGUGAGAACCAAGAAGUCAGCGGUGACGAGGACGAGAGCACGAGCGAUGAGGGCGGUGUUGCCGAGGCCGACUAA